CACAUAAAAAGGAAAAAGUGUGGGAGAAAUUGAGAAAAGUGAAGUCUGAUUGAAGAUGGAAUGGAGGUGAGAGGAGAUGAAAGGCAGUGUUGCGUUGACAAUCACAUUAAGUAGCGUCAUUCUCUUUGUUCUCUUAUUCCCUAAAACCCCCUCUCUUCUGGAAUCACAGUCAAACUCAAUGUCCAGAGCGCGAAGCUUUGUUCUGUGGCUUCACGGUUUGGGUGACUCUGGCCCCGCCAACGAACCCAUCAAAACUUUAUUCACUUCUCCCGAAUUCGGAACCACCAAAUGGUCCUUCCCUUCUGCCCCUUCCGCGCCCGUCACCUGCAAUUAUGGUUCUGUAAUGCCUUCGUGGUUUGACAUUCUCGAGAUUCCUGUGACAGCUGAUUCUCCAAAUGACGAGAGUAGUUUACUUAAAGCUGUUCGAAAUGUGCAUGCUACUAUAGACAAGGAAAUAGCUGCUGGCGUAAACCCUAACAAUGUAUUUAUUUGUGGAUUCAGUCAAGGAGGUGCCUUGACCUUGGCUAGUGUUCUACUGUACCCUAAAACUUUAGGUGGAGCUGCAGUCUUUAGUGGUUGGGUUCCAUUCAAUUCGUCUAUUGCAGAACAAAUUACACCCGAGGCAAAGCAGACACCCAUACUAUGGUCCCAUGGGCUGGUUGAUAGAACGGUAUUGUUUGAGGCCGGACAAGCAGGUCCCCCCUUCCUUGAAAAACUUGGUGUUAGAUGCGAGUUUAAGGCUUAUCCUGGUCUUGCCCACUCGAUAAAUAAUGAGGAGCUGCGGUAUCUCGAGUCAUGGAUCAAGGCACGCCUACAGAGUUCUUCGCAAUAAUUAUUUCAACCUGGAAAAUAUAUUCUAAAUAUAUGCUUGUACUUGCGUAGACCCCACGAUCAGUUUAUUUAUUUUCGUUUUAUUCAUGGUAAUGUUUAACAGGAGAAAUGUUCAAUAUAUGCUUGUACUCUUAACAUAUGUUCAAUGUUUUACAUCGCAGUUUGGAGAAGUUACUCUCUGCAAUUUCAAUAAUUCA